UCUUCUCCCCUCUCUCUCUCUCUCUGCUGCAUACAUCGCUACUGCCUUUGUCUCUCUUUUGCCCUAAAGAGACAGCUAAGCUAAGCAUGGCGGACAAGGCAGUCACCAUCCGUACUCGCAAGUUCAUGACCAACAGACUUCUCGCCAGGAAACAAUUCGUUAUUGAUGUACUUCAUCCUGGAAGAGCCAAUGUCUCAAAAGCUGAGCUGAAGGAGAAGUUGGCUAGGAUGUAUGAAGUGAAGGACCCGAAUGCUAUUUUUGUUUUCAAAUUCCGUACACAUUUUGGAGGUGGGAAAUCAACAGGAUUUGGUUUGAUUUAUGACUCUGUUGAAAAUGCCAAGAAGUACGAGCCAAAGUAUAGGCUCAUCAGGAAUGGGCUUGACACUAAGGUUGAGAAGUCUAGGAAACAAAUGAAGGAAAGGAAAAACAGGGCCAAGAAGAUCCGUGGUGUAAAGAAGACCAAGGCUGGUGAUGCAAAGAAGAAAUAAGUCUUGUGCAAACAAAAAAAUCUCAUUUCGGGAUUCUUUAGGUGGCCUUGUAUUUUUCUUUUGGUGUUGUUUGAGCCAUUAUUUACUGUUGAUUUUGUCUUGACUUUGGCGCAAUUCAGUUUUGUUUUUCCCUAGGAACAUCUUAUGGAGGGCUUAGAGUACUUGAGAGUUCUCAUUAGUUAGUGUUGCCUAUUACUUGAUAACUAUUAUUCUAGUAGAGUUCUUAUCUGCAGUGGAAGUUUGUUUUGAUUAACUUUAAAUGGUAAAGUUAUUUCGGUUCUAUUAA